GCCGCUGCUGCUCUUCGUCGUCGGCGCCAUCGCGGCGCGGCUGGGACGGGGGGCCCCUCCGCUCGCGUCCCCGAGCGGGGGCUACGACGAGGAGCAGGCCUUGGAGUACGCGUACAUGUCUACGGCGGCCUACUGCGGCAUGCCGCACUCCUCCCGGCAGGCCCUGGAGCAGUGGCGGUGCGGUCUCGCCUGCGACAAGGUGCCCGGCAUGAG